GUGUACGUAUGUAGGAGAGGCGGUGCUCGCGCACAGUGUAAAGCUGCAGUUGUAUGGAAGGAGCAAUCUAGGUCUUCAAGGAAUGAAGCAUAGUUGCACAGGUGACCGUAAGGAGGAGCGGGUAGAUCCGAUAAUGGUCGGAGAAGCACGGGAAAAAGACCCUCUUGUUCAUAAACGUUGCUCUCGAGUUGUCUGGAGGCGUGAGCACGAUGGAAGUUGUCCUGGGUAACUCGUUAUGGAAACAGGUCCGGGUCCCUCUAGGCAACGAGGGGAGAAUCUCGAGUCGCUUGGUGCAGCACAUAAAGGCGGGGUAAAAAAAGGUGGGGCCAUAAUGCAUCCCACUACAACUAUCAAAAGCCUGAAAAUGACUCGCGCUCUCGCUAUCCAAUCAUCUCGGCGGAUGCAUAUGAUGCAUCUGCCCCACAUCGAAGGGAUCAAAGGACGGCCCGUUUCGACUGGCGUGAUUACUUGUGCUGGAGCGAUGGUCGUUGCAUAUACUGCAUAUAACGUCUGGCGUGGAGAACGUACUGCAGUACGAAGGAUGAAAGGAAGUCAGAGCAGUGCUACAUCGCCAGAGAUUUGCCGCGAAGGACCGGCGAGAAUCAAAGAAGCAGACGUUGGCGAUGGGAGAGUUCUAAGCGGAAGGGACGUGGUACAUGAAGAUAAGACCACGGUACCAGAAAGGAUGGGCCCCGGGAAAAGUGGAAUCAUCAGAAGAAAUAUAGAUCCGCAGGGGAAGCCGGCUCGGACGAACGUUCGACAGUCCAGUGUUAUUCAGGAGAUGGACAAGGACUGUUUUUACAAUCUAUGGUCGUGUGUUAUAUCUACGUGAAACAAAGAAAAAAGAAACGAAACGAAAAGCAAGCCGGAAAUUGCCAAU